GUCCAAACAAGCUGUUAGUGUUGCUGGAGCUAGGGGUGUAGAAAGGAGGAAAACCGACCAACCAAACUGAUAAUUCUAGUUAUAAAUAACGAGAAGAAAAAAUCGGAUUAGUGAAUUAGUAUUGAAAAAGAAAAAUUCAACCAACCCGGCUAUCAAUUAGUGAACUACUACAAUAAACAAUAUAGUACACUAAUCUUAAGACGACAGAGAGAGAAAUUGUGUUUGAGCACACAGAAAACAGAGGGUAUAUAAAACGAUGAGGCGAUCAGUGGGGGAGUUUGCAAGUGUAAUAAGUCGAGCUCUGAUCCACGCAUCAAAACAAAGCAGCCGAAGCCAAACAUGGACUCCAGAGUUAGAGCAAACGCUGUAUCACCUGGGAUGCCGAGAAUCACUCAGCCCAACACUCGUCGCCCGAGUAAUCGACCCUUUUCUUGUCCACCACCAUUCUCUUGCACUCGGUUUCUUCAACUGGGCCUCUCAGCAACCUGGAUUCUCUCACGAUUCCUCCACUUACCAUUCCAUUCUCAAAUCUCUCUGCAUUACUCGCCAAUUCAACACCCUUGACAAGCUCUUUAAGCAGGUAAAAGCUCAGAAAAUCCGCCUCCAUCCUUCUCUCUAUCGCUCUGUCAUUGCUUCCCAGAUCAUUGGAAAGAAAUCCAAUCUAGCAUUUUCCAUUUUCACUGAGGUCCCUUCUUUGGCAUCAGAGAUUGGAUCCCAAACUUGCAAUUCACUUCUGGCUGCUUUGUCGUCGGAAGGGAACUAUAAAUGUGCUUUUCAGGUGUUCGACGAAAUGAAUCACAGAGGGGUUCGGUUGAGCACUCUUGGUUUUGGUGUGUUUCUGUGGAGAUAUUGUGGAUUUAAUGGGUUGGAAAAGACUUUGGGUUUGUUAGAUGAGGUUAGGAAGAUUGAUUUUUCCGGAAUUAAUGGGUCCGUUCUUGCAGUUCUAGUCGUGCAUGGAUUGUGUUCCGAGUCUAGGAUAGCAGAAGCUGUUUCUGCUUUUGAUGAAUUGAGGAUAAGGGAAUGUAAACCUGAUUUUAUUGCUUAUAGUAUCGUUGCUGAAGCGCUGGGGAAUAUGCGAAAUGUAGUUGACAAAGAUUUGGUUUUGAAGAAGAAGAGAAAACUAGGGGUGGCACCGAGGAAUAACGAUUAUAAAGAGUUCACCUUUGAUUUGAUUUCGGAGAGGCUGAUAUCCGAGGCUAAAGAUUUGGGCAAAGUAAUUGCAUCUGGGAACUUCCCAAUGGAUGACGAUUUGCUCAAUGCUUUGAUAGGAUCAGUAUCAGCUAUUGAUCCUGGACUUGCUAUCUUCUUUUUGAACUUCAUGCUGGGUAGAGAAACAGCACCUAAUCUUGUUACUGUAACGAGCUUAAGUGCAAACCUUUAUAAGCACGGGCAGAUUGAUGAACUGCUUGAAGUGUUUCAAAAAUUGUCUUCUAGAAACCAUUUUACCGACACACACAGCUAUAAUAUUAUGGUUUCAUUUUUGUGCAAGGCUGGUAAAGUGAGAGAAGCUUACGAAGUUCUCCGAGACAUGAGAAGAAAAGGAGCAGUUCCCGAUAUACAAUCUUACAAUAUGUUGCUAGAAGCUUGCUGUAGAGAAGAUCUACUGCGACCAGCAAAACGUUUGUGGGAUGAGAUGUUCGCAAACGGGUGUCCUGGUAAUUUAGAGACGUACAAUAUUCUUAUUCAAAAGUGUUCAGAAGAAGGUGAGAUAGAAGAUUCUUGUAGGCUUUUCCAUGACAUGGGUGAGAAAGGAGUAGUACCUGAUGCUUUUACGUACACUUCAAUCCUUAAAGGGCUUUGUCAAGCGAAAGAUCUCAAAGUGUCUCUUGAAGUCUUCACCAAAUGUGCCAUGCAGGAUCAAGCCCUUGCACGUUCCGUCUUGUGUACAUUCAUCCUCAGCCUCUGCAAAGAAGGUUAUUUGGUUCCUGCAAUGGAGUUACUUCGCGACCAAAGCAGUGAUAUUACACUUUUAGACUCCCAUCUGAUUUUACUCAAAUUUUUAGCUAAUGCCGAUGAGAUAAGUUUAGCUGUUGAACAUUUGAAGUGGAUUCAAGGCAAAUCUCCUUUGAUGCAUCAAGCACUAAGCAAUGAAAUAUUGGCAUCAAUAGCAUCUUCUUCAAAGUCAGAUCCAAUUUUCAAGUUAUUUCAAGUUAUGCAAGGAAACCGUCUCAAUUCUACUAAUGACUUGGGCAAAGAAAUGGCUUACAGAUGACAUUCACAAUACUCUAUAUAUUGAUCCUCUCCAUAUGCUUAAUGCAGGAGAGUGGAUACACCUUAAUAUACACAUUAGAAUACAAAACCGAGAACCAUAAUAUAUAGAGGAUUUGUUUUAAAUUUUCUAUUUUGGGGUAAUACAUAAACAAGGAUAAUUUAAUAGAUUUUUUUUCUCUCUUUUACGGAACAUAAUAAUUUUAAAUUUAUUGGGAAGUUAGCUAGUGUUUGGUCAUAAAUCUAGUCUAGUUGGAAAAAAAAGUUUUUGAAAACUUGAAGUUAUUUUUAGACAUGCAUUUUCUAUCGGUAGAUAAAUGAGGGACCUUUUGUGAUUUGCGCAACAUCGUUUCUAGUCCUCUAAACCAUUAACUAAAAUAUGUCUACCAUUUAUAAAUCUUUAAGAAUUACAGAAUUUUUUUUUUUUUAAAAGUUAAUUUCUAAAUGUAAAAAGUGAAAUAAUAAUUUCAAGC